AAUGACUCCAUUGUGGACUUUGGAACAAUUUUAAAUUAAGUGUUAAAAUCAAAGCAAACGAUUUCUUAAAAUCUCCGCUAUUAUUACUCCUUAGUGCCUGAAGCUGUCACCAUUGUGGACUUUUGCAAAGUCUCUUUCGAUAAGCUUUCAUUUCUUCUUGAUUUGGUAAAAAAUGGCUGAAGAGAGAGUGGGUAUUGCCAAAGAUGUGACUGAAAUUGUUGGUAAAACACCAUUGGUGUAUCUCAACCGUGUAGUAGAUGGCUGUGUGGGGCGUAUUGCUGCCAAGCUAGAGUCGAUGGAACCUUGUUCAAGUGUUAAAGAUAGGAUUGGGUACAGUAUGAUUUCAGAUGCAGAGGAGAAAGGUCUCAUCACGCCGGGCGAGAGUGUCCUCAUCGAGCCUACAAGUGGUAACACUGGCAUAGGGCUGGCAUUCAUGGCAGCUGCCAAGGGCUACAAGCUCAUAAUUACCAUGCCUGCUUCAAUGAGUUUAGAAAGACGAAUGGUUCUCCGUGCUUUUGGAGCUGAGCUGGUUCUUACUGACCCUGCCAGGGGCAUGAAAGGAGCUGUUCAGAAAGCAGAAGAAAUAUCAGCGAAGACACCUAAUUCUUAUAUUCUGCAGCAAUUUGAAAACCCUGCCAACCCAAAGAUCCACUAUGAAACUACCGGACCUGAGAUCUGGAAAGGCUCAGGUGGGAAAGUUGAUGCUCUCGUUUCUGGGAUUGGAACUGGGGGCACAGUUACAGGUGCAGGGAAAUAUCUCAAGGAGCAAAACUCUGACGUUAAGCUCAUUGGUGUGGAACCAGUUGAGAGUGCAGUGUUAUGUGGAGGCAAACCUGGUCCACACAAGAUUCAAGGAAUUGGUGCUGGCUUUAUUCCUGGAGUUUUGGAUGUCAAUUUACUUGAUGAAGUAGUUCAAAUAUCAAGUGAGGAAGCAAUUGAAACUGCUAAGCUUCUCGCUUUGAAAGAAGGAUUGCUGGUAGGGAUAUCUUCGGGUGCUGCUGCAGCUGCAGCAAUUAGGGUAGCCAAGAGGCCUGAAUACGCUGGAAAACUCAUUGUAGUGGUAUUCCCUAGCUUUGGAGAGCGUUAUCUAUCCUCUGUGCUUUUUGAAUCUGUGAAGCACGAGGCAGAAAAUAUGCGCUUUGAGACUCAAACCAGUUCCAUGUGAUCAGCAGCUCAUUCCGGUUGUCAACUAUUUACUUCUUGACAGAUUCUUGAUCACACUUGAUGCAAAUAAUGUAGUCUUUUUCUACUCUUGGUGUUGUAGUUAGGAAAGUUUGCGAGUCCGACUCGGAACUGUUUCGAGUUUGGUGAGAUCAAUAAAUUGAAUAAUUAUCAGUGUUUUGUCAUCCAAGUGCAUUGGAGUAUUAAAUAGAUUUGAAUAAUAAUCUGCUUCCAUAAAGAAGCAGCAAAUUGCUACAAGUUUUGGUAAAUAUAAAAAAUGAAACUAUGAAUUAGUUUAA